UCUGAGGCCGGGGGCGGCAUGCCGAGAAAGUGACUACCUACUGUUUGUUUGGGUCGUGGGCGGUACGUGCAGAGCCCGGGAAAAGCGGAAAAUGGCGGCGCCGAGCGCUGGCUCUCGACCCGCGCUCCAGGAGAAGGGGCUGAUGGCCGCUGAUAGAGGGCGCAGGAUACUGGGAGUGUGUGGCAUGCAUCCUGACCAUCAGGAAACUCUAAAAAAGAACCGAGUAGUGCUAGCCAAACAGCUGUUGCUGAGUGAACUGUUAGAACAUCUUCUGGAGAAGGACAUCAUCACCUUGGAAAUGAGGGAGCUCAUCCAGGCCAAAGUGGGCAGUUUCAGCCAGAAUGUGGAACUUCUCAACUUGCUGCCCAAAAGGGGUCCCCAAGCUUUUGAUGCCUUCUGUAUAGCACUAAGGGAGACCAAGCAAGGUCACCUGGAGGAUUUGUUGCUCACAACCCUCUCUGGUCUUCAGCAGAUGCUUCCACCGUUGAGCUGUGACUACGACUUGAGUCUCUCUUUCCCGGUGUGUGAGUCCUGUCCCCCUCACAAGCAGCUCCGCCUGUCGACAGAUGUGGAACAUUCCCUGGACAAUGGAGAUGGUCCUCCAUCCCUUCAGGUGAAGCCUUGCACUCCUGAGUUUUAUCAAAUACACCACCAACUGGCCUAUAGGUUGCAGUCUCGGCCUCGUGGCCUCGCACUGGUGCUGAGCAAUGUGCACUUCACUGGAGAGAAGGACCUGGAAUUUCGCUCUGGAGGGGAUGUGGACCACAGUACUCUAGUCACCCUCUUCAAGCUUUUGGGCUACGACAUCCAUGUGUUACAUGACCAGACUGCACAGGAAAUGCAAGAGAAACUCCAGAGUUUUGCACAGUUGCCUGCACACCGCAUCAUGGACUCUUGCAUUGUGGCUCUCCUCUCGCAUGGUGUAGACGGUGCCAUCUUUGGUGUGGAUGGCAAGCUGCUCCAGCUGCAGGAGAUUUUUCAGCUCUUUGACAAUGCCAAUUGCCCAAGCCUGCAGAACAAGCCCAAAAUGUUCUUCAUCCAGGCCUGCCGUGGAGAUGAGACCGAUCGUGGGGUCGACCAGCAAGAUGGAAAGAGCCACCCUGGUUCCCCUGGGAGUGAGGAGAGGGAUGCUGGUAAAGAAGAGUCACUGAAGAUAAGACUGCCCACUUGCUCGGACAUGAUAUGUGGCUAUGCCUGCCUCAAAGGGACUGCCGCUAUGCGGAACACCAAACGAGGUUCCUGGUACAUUGAGGCUGUCACUCAAGUGUUCUCAGAAAGGGCUUGUGACAUGCACGUGGCUGACAUGCUGGUUAAGGUAAAUGCACUUAUCAAGGAGCGUGAAGGCUACGCCCCCGGCACAGAGUUUCACCGAUGCAAGGAGAUGUCUGAGUACUGCAGCACUCUGUGUCGGCAUCUCUACUUGUUCCCAGGACACCCUCCCACGUGAUGCCACCUCACUGUCAUCCAUGUCAAAUGGAAGCCAAGACCACAGGAGGUGUGCCAGAGCCUUUUCAGGAUGCAUGAUUUCUGUUCCCUUUCAGGGAUGUGGAAAUCUCCCAGGCUGGUUUCCUGUGCACAUCAUCUCCACCUUUGUGUGUAGGACUCCAGGCCAGCUCCUCCUCUGUGAAGUGCUCUCCCCUGAAGCCCUGGCUCUGGUUGGAUCUGUUGCCAGGAAUGUUUUGGCUGCAGUUGAAGAGCCUGACAAGUGACGUUGUAGAUGCAGUGUGGUUGUGGGCAGAGGAUAUGUGAGUUCCUCCAUGUUUAUGUUCAGUUCCUGCCCCCCAGGCUUUUGUAGGUGCCACUUCAGUGAUUGCUUUGAUUACAUUAGUUAAGAUGUCUCAGAGAUCAUCUCCUAUCUUCUCUUUCUUAUUUCUGACCCUAUUUGUCCCAGAGUGAGAGUUUGGAAGGUGUUCGAAUUUAAUGUAGACAUUUUCCUUUAGCUUUGAAGAGGCACACGUGACUAGAGACAGCCUGUUGCUGUGUGCACAAGUGGCCUGUACAUUCGUUCGCUUCAGCACUGCCAGGCCACUCAGUGGAAGGAUGCUCCUAUCUCCUUUUAGGCUGAAAGCAAGAUGCCUUGCGUUUGUACCCCAUUGAUCUUUGCCCUUGGAAGUGCCAAAGAUCUCUGGUUGUUCUUUCUCUAAGCUUUGUUACUGAAAUGAGUCUUGGGGGGAGUGUCAGAGAAGGCCAGAAAGAAUGGUAUGCUCUCAGUCUCUAACCUUUCUGCAUAGGUGUCUCCUUCUUGUGAAAUGUCCCUUUCUCCUCUUCACUGUUCUCACUUGCAUUCAGUCAACCUGUACCUCUUAUCUGGAAUUUUAGAAAAGCUCCCUAGUUGUUACCCUCCUACUUCAUCUCUCUCUCCCCUUUGCCUUUCUUUCAUCCUGUUUACUGUUGCCCCCAAAUCUGUC